AUUUUAAGGAUUAGGGUUUCGGAUCGACCACAAGUUGCCGCCACAACCUGCAGAAGAGAAGGGCGGAGCCCCCGUAGGAAGAGGGAGAAAGGUUUCAAAGAUGGUGAAGUUUCUUAAACCCGGCAAAGCCGUCAUCGUACUCAACGGCCGCUUCGCUGGCCGGAAGGCGGUCAUCGUCCGAUCCUUUGACGAUGGAACCCGCGACCGCCCUUACGGCCACUGCCUCGUCGCCGGUAUCGCCAAGUACCCCAGGAAGGUCAUCCGCAAGGACUCAGCGAAGAAGACGGCAAAGAAGUCUAGGGUGAAGGCUUUCCUUAAGCUGGUCAACUACACCCACAUUAUGCCCACCCGAUAUACUCUCGACGUCGAUCUCAAGGACGUUGUCACUGUAGAUGUGCUCCAGUCUCGCGACAAGAAGGUCACGGCCUGCAAGGAAACCAAGGCGCGAUUCGAGGAGCGAUUCAAGUCAGGGAAGAAUCGAUGGUUCUUCACGAAGCUAAGGUUCUAGGAACUUAGGAAGAAAUUUGAAAGCGUAGGUUUGCUUUUGGAGCAAUCUAAUGUC